GCGCCCCGCCGCGCGCCCGCCCGCCGGGGCUUGCAGCUGCGGCGCGUGCGCGAGCGGUGCCGCACCGGCCGCGGGAGCAGGAGUAUUAUGGGUUGUGGGUGCCGCUGAGCAAGAUGGAGCUGUCUGCAGUGGGCGAGCGGGUCUUCGCGGCCGAAUCCAUCAUCAAACGGCGGAUCCGAAAGGGCCGCAUCGAGUACCUGGUGAAAUGGAAGGGGUGGGCGAUCAAGUACAGCACUUGGGAGCCCGAGGAGAACAUCCUGGACUCGCGGCUCAUCGCAGCCUUCGAGCAGAAGGAGAGGGAGCGUGAGCUGUAUGGGCCCAAGAAGAGGGGACCCAAACCCAAAACUUUCCUCCUGAAGGCACGGGCCCAGGCCGAGGCCCUGCGCAUCAGCGAUGUGCAUUUCUCUGUCAAGCCAAGCGCCAGCGCCUCCUCGCCCAAGCUGCACUCCAGCGCAGCCGUGCACCGGCUCAAGAAGGACAUCCGCCGCUGCCACCGCAUGUCCCGCCGCCCCCUGCCCCGCCCAGACCCCCAGGGGGGCAGCCCCGGCCUGCGCCCACCCAUCUCGCCCUUCUCGGAGACGGUGCGCAUCAUCAACCGCAAGGUGAAGCCUCGGGAGCCCAAGCGCAGCCGCAUCAUCCUGAACCUGAAGGUGAUCGACAAGGGCGCGGGAGGAGCGGGCGCUGCGCAGGGGGCCGGGGCGCUGGCCCGCCCCAAAGUGCCCUCGAGGAACCGCGUCAUUGGCAAGAGCAAGAAGUUCAGCGAGAGCAUCCUGCGCACCCAGAUCCGCCACAUGAAGUUUGGCACCUUCGCGCUGUACAAGCCCCCGUCCGCCCCUCUGUCUCCCCCGCCUGCCAGCAAGGCCGACGUCACUGCCUCCCCGGGCCCUGGGCUGCUCCUGGCCACCCCCACUGCCCCCUAUGACGCCCGCAGCUCCAGCUCCUCUGGCUGCCCCUCACCAAUACCACAGUCCUCCUCUGAGCCCGAUGACGCGCCCCCCAAGCUGCUCCCCGAGACCACGAGCCCAUCUGUCCCCAGCUGGCGUGAGCCCGAGGUGCUCGACCUGUCCAUCCCUCCCGAGUCAGCCACCAGCAAGCGUGUGCCCCCUGAUGUCACUGCUGCUGCUGGCCAGGCACUUCCCCUGGCCCCCGAGCCCGCCAGUGCCUCCUCUGAGCCUGAGGCUGGGGACUGGCGCCCGGAGAUGUCACCCUGCUCCAAUGUGGUUGUCACCGAUGUCACCAGCAACCUCCUGACCGUCACUAUCAAGGAGUUCUGCAACCCUGAGGAUUUCGAGAAGGUGGCUGCGGGGGUAGCAGGUGCUGCAGGUGGGGGUAGCAGCGGUGGGGCAAGCAAGUGAGGGGCUCCACUGAGGAGGGGGAUUGGGGGGGCCUCCUGCCCAGUGUCGUACUCUUGCUCCCCCCACCCUUGCCCCCAGCCUUCCCCCCGUGCUUUGCUUGUCCCACGGCUCAGUGCUGGCCCAGGGAUGGGGCUGGGCAGUUGGAGCUCUGGAAGGCUGGGGGCUGGGGGCAG